CAGCAGGCCUUAUACUUAGGUUUGUCCUUUUCCCUAGGGUUUAAGGUGUCUCCGUCUCUUUCUCCUUUUCCAAGCCAUUUCUCAGUAACCGCAAAAACUCAUGGAAAAGAACCUGAGGGAAACCGAAGAAACAAACCGACUAACCCAAGAAGAAGAAGAAGAAGAAGAUGAUGAUGACAACAGUAAGGAGGCUUGGACCGAAGACGAAAAUGAAGAUGAUGAUGAAAAUGACGAAGAUUCAGUGUUUCUGUGUUUGUUCUGUGACUCCAAAUACGGUUCUUGUGAUGCCCUGUUCGAGCACUGUCGUUUAACUCAUUUCUUCGACUUUAAUGGAAUCCGAAAAGAAUUGGGUUUGGAUUUUUAUGGUUCCUUCAAGCUCAUCAAUUAUGUUCGCUCUCAGGUAGCAGAUAAUAGAUGUUGGAGUUGUGGGGUCCACUGUCAGUCGAAGCAAGAAUUACGAAGUCAUUUACAUCAAUCUGUCAGUACCAAUGAUGUUAAGCUUCUUUUGGAUGGUGAUAAAUAUCUUAAUCCUUUCAUGCAAGAAGAUUCACUUUUGUACAGUUUUGGUGGAGAUGAAGAAGAUGAAGAUGACUAUAACACAUCAUUUGACGAAGGGGAGAUUGUGAGGGAUUUUGGUAAUGUUUGCAUUGAUGAUGACAAUACUGCAGAAGAGAUUGAAUUGAAUUCUGUGACCUCUAACAAAGAUAGAAAUAAAGCUGUUAUGACAGUUUCCAACGGUCAUUUAAGUUUGGCAAAUUCUUCAAAGAGGAUCACAGACAAUGGACUGGAUUAUGGAGAAACUGCUAGGCCUUGUGACAGUAAUACAAAGGAUAAGCAAUCUAGAGUUUUUAUUGCGGAUGUUGUUGAAAAGGAUAUCAAAAAGGUUAAUGAGAGUUAUUUUGGGUCAUACAGUUCAUUCGGAAUCCAUAGAGAUAUGAUAAGUGACAAGGUAAGAACAGAUGCUUAUAGGGAAGCUUUAUUGAAAAACCCUUCUCUCCUGAAUGGUGCAGUUGUGAUGGAUGUAGGCUGUGGGACUGGCAUACUAAGUCUCUUUGCAGCCCAAGCAGGAGCUUCAAGGGUUAUUGCCAUUGAAGCUAGUGAGAAGAUGGCUGCAGUGGCAACUCAGAUUGCAAAAGACAAUGGCCUUUGGCGGAGUAAAAACAACACUGAAGGCAAUAACAACUGCACUGGUGUAAUUGAAGUGGUUCAGAGUAUGGUUGAGAAUCUUGAUAAAUCCAUAGAAAUCCAACCUUAUAGUGUUGACAUAUUAGUAAGUGAAUGGAUGGGAUACUGCCUAUUAUAUGAGUCCAUGCUCAGCUCAGUGCUCUUUGCAAGAGAUCGGUGGUUGAAGCCUGGAGGUGCAAUACUUCCUGAUACAGCAACUAUUUUUGUUGCAGGAUUUGGAAAGGGUGGUACCAGUCUUCCAUUCUGGGAAAAUGUUUAUGGCUUCAAUAUGUCUUCUAUUGGAAAGGAAGUCGUUGAAGAUGCUGCUAAAUUUCCUAUUGUUGACAUUGUUAAUCAUCAUGAUCUAGUAACGAAUUCUGCAGUACUUCAGAGCUUUGACCUUGCGACUAUGAAGCCUGAUGAAGUAGAUUUCACUGCAAGUGCUGAGUUGGAAGCAAAGUUAGAUAGUCUGGCAAGCAACCACAAUGACUUGGAACAUAAGGCGACUUCGUGUUAUGGGAUUGUAUUAUGGUUUGAGACUGGAUUCACCAGCAGAUUCUGCAAAGAAAUGUCAACCAUGGUGUCUACGUCACCGUAUACUCCUAGAACCCAUUGGUCACAGACAAUCCUCACUUUUCGAGAACCUAUAGCAAUGGCAUCAAGCAAAUUCACUGUUGAAGGAUCUGCAGCUGUUGGAACGGAUGGCUAUCCAGCUUCAAAAAUUCUUUUGCGUAUCAGCAUUGCCCGUGCCACUCAGCACCGCUGCAUUGACAUAUCCCUUGAAACUACUGGAGUUGGUGCCAAUGGUCAGAAACGCAGUUGGCCAGUGCAAAUGUUUAAUUUAUCGUAAUGAAUUAAAAGGGAUGAAAUUAUCCUUAGAUGGCAUUUUCUAUACGUAGCCAACGUGGUCAAGUUUUCAAUUGUUAUCCUUUUACUUUGUAUCAUUAAAUCUCGUUUGUUCUUCUAAGUAACUUUUCAUCGGCGUCUGUUUUGUUACCGUCUUCUGUUGAAGAGUGUAACUUAGCUACUAUUGUACAAAUUGUCAAAUUCAGGCUAAUGCUAGUAAAUUUAGCAAGUAAAAA